AUGGAGACAUUGAUUAUGGAGGCUACUACAGAGAUUCGUGUGGAGUUACAGAAGAAGCACGAGGUAUAUCAGGCUAGACUAGAUAGCUUUAAGUCUAGAUUGGUGACUCGAGAGCAGACCGCACUCGGUGGGGAGUCUGUUUCUUUGAGGAUGCAAGGUACAACAACCGCACCAGUUCCAACACCACGUGCAACUUUGCCGAGUAUCAUUCCGGUGAUGGAUCUGAUGGAGUCUGAGGAGGAGGAUGAUGAUAAGUCCCUUGUGUGGGACAAAGGUAAGAGGGUCCGUGAGACAUAUGUGGAUCCUGUGGAGUUGGCCAAGAGAUUGAAGAAGACGGAGGUGAAGGAUAUUCAUCAGGCCAUCCUUGAGUCCUUAGUUGAGCCACAUCGCCGAUCAGCCGAGUCCAGUAGUAAGCCGCUUGAUGAGAUUGAAGAGGUUGAUAGGCUACUGAAUCUGGUCGGUAACCCACCGGAAGGGAUACCACAGGAACAGUACUAUGAGGAGAAUUUCUCCGAGGAAGUGAGAAAGUUGGUGAUAAACUACAUAUCACUAGAAAAGAGGCCAGAGACACCUCGAGAAGGAGCCCUAGAAGAGGGAAAUAGCAAUCAGGGAGCUGAAUCCGGCCCAUGGAUAAUGGAGUCAGAUCCACAAGAAGAGUCAGAGCCUCAAGAGGAAGCCUUCGAACCACAAGAAGCUGAAGAAGAGCAACCAGAGGAAGUUGAGCCCCAGGAUAUGGAACAAGAAGAGUCUGAACCUGUGGACAUAGAGGUCGAGGAAGACCAAGAGCCUUUUGGGAUGUUCCCCGAGUUUCAAGAAGAAGCAAAUGAUGCGAAUGAUGAGUCUGACUAUUAUGCCCUACUAAUAAGGGAUCUAAUUUCUAUGCACCCUCACUUGAGUCGGUGCCAGCUACCUCCACCAUGGCAUUAG